CAGACCUUAUCCCAAGUACAGCAUUUCCUAGCUCUCAGUUUUUUUUACUGAUGUUAUCUUGAUUUUAGUUAGAGAUGGAUUUUCACAGCAUGAAAAGGAAGGAACUUCAAGAGCUGUGCAAGAACCAUGGCAUUCCUGCGAAUUUAUCGAAUGUCGAAAUGGCCAACAGGCUUUCUUCCAUUUUUAAGGGAAGUGAAAAAGAAAAGCCCAUGAUUCGUGGGCAGUCGUGUUUGAAGGUGGUGGGUGAUGGUGAAAAUGAUUCGGAUGGUGUAAAUAGGAAGGCCAAGAAAGUUAGGUUUAGCCCUGAAAAUGAGCUGAUUGAGUUCACUAAAUCAAUUGCAAAAAGGGGGUGUAGGAGGAAAUCAAGGAUGGGAAAUUCUUGCUUGAUUGUUGAGAAUGCCUGUAAUGUUGAGCUAAACCAAAGAGCAGCAAAGAGAAGCCCGGUUAGAGUUACCCGGUCACGGGGACUACAAUUGUUGGAUGAAGGGGAUGCUGAGAAGAAGGUAACCAAAAGGGGCUCGAAUGGUAACGGUAGAGUAGAGAAAUUAUGUUCUGAAAAUGAAGUUAGAGUAGCCACAAGGAGAGCAUUGAGGAAUAGAGAGAUGCAAGAUGAAGAUUUGAGAGAAAGUGAGGGUGUUGCUGAGGGACUGAGGAAGAGUGAAUGGCAACAAAACCCGGGUAGUGCCAAAGGAAUUGAGGAUGUUUCUGAGAGUAAACAGAUUGGUGAGGAACCUCAAGGUGCAUUUAGGCGAUCGAAGAGGAAUGCAGCGAAGAAGGAUAAUGGAGAUGUUGGUAAAAAUGAAAACAAUAAUGGGGGAAGGUUGGGUAGAAAGCAGGCACUGUUAGAAGUUGAAGCUUCAGAAUUGGAGAUGGAUGGAGUCAGAUGUGCUGAAAAUGGUGUGGCCUUGGUGACUGGUGACAAUAAGGAGGUUGGAGUUGUCACUAGGAGAUCAUUAAGAAAUAGGGUGAUAACAGUGGAAGGGAAGAAAGAAAGAGAGGAAGAUACUGCAGGGUUGAGAAGAAGUGGAAGACAGAGUAAGCAAGGUCCAUUAGGCAGUGAUGGAGUUCAUCAAAGUCAAGAUAUUUUGGAGGAACCCAAAAAGGAACAGAGGAGAUCAAAGAGGAAUGUUUCAAAUGUCAAAGACACGGAGAGGAAUGUUACACUUGCCAAAGACACAGUAAUGUUUGAUGAGAACAAAAACUCUGGGAAGGUAAGAUUGGGAAGAAAUCAGAUUAAAUUGGAAGUGAAAACUUGUAAACGGGAGGCUGCUGGACUCAAGAUUGCUGAAGAUAGUUUUGCUUCUAGUAAUGGCGAAAACAGAGCUUGCACAAAGAGAUUGUUGAGGAACAAAAAGGUUGCAGUUAGCGAGGACAUUGAUGAAGGAUUGAAGAAAAUGGGAGGACAAACAAGUAUCAGAAAUGAGAAAUCUGGUGAGGAAGGUCCUCAAAACAAACAGAUUAAAGAGGAACUAAGCAAGGGACUGAGGAGAUCAAAGCGUACUGCAGCCAAAAUGGAUGAAUCACAGUAUCCAUACCAGGGAAUUGGUAAAAGUAAAAUGGUUAGAAAGGAGCAGAAAGCCAGAAGUCAGUUUGCCAAGAGUGUGGAAGCAUCUAUGCCUGCAACUGAAAUUGCAGCUUUGGAGAAAAAUGAAGUAGGUAAAGAACCAGCAAAAGCUACAAUUGGAAGUAGCCCACAAAACUCUAUGAUGCCUUUGCUUGAGAAAGCUACCAAAGAGACGGAAGCUUCCUCAUUCGGCGCAAUGUCUGAAACUGAAACUGCAGAUGAGAGUAGAUUAGAAGUGCUUAUUCAAGUUGAAGAACCAACAAGUAUUUCACCUAGAAGUUCUUCAUUUAACACUCAGUUUGAAACUGAAAGUGCAGCUCUGAGUAGAUUAGAAGUGGUUAAUCAAGUUGGAGAACGAACAGGUGGUUCACCUAGAAGAGCUACUGUACAAAAAUCCGGGGCAACAUUUGGAAAUGUUCAUCAAAAUAUGAACCAAAAUUUGUCAAGUCAUUUAACAUCGAAUGCCAGUCUUGAGGUGGAGGUCAUUAAAGAUGAUGAGAUGUCUGAAGCUGAUGGGCUGAAGCAUAAAACUGUUAUGCUUUACUGCAAUUCAUCCAUUGAUGAACAAGUUGAUUCUAACAAAACUGUUGCAAGCAGGGAAUUAAGCAACGACUCAAGCAAAUCAUUUGAUGAACAUGAAGGAACAGUGGCAGAAGAGAUGAGGACAUCUAGAAGGAAUGCUUCUGAUGAAACUGGGAGAAUUCACAAUGCUACUGUGAAUGCUGCAGUGGAAAAAGAAUCAUGUAAUAAGAAGAGCACACCUGCUGAAACUUCUUCCCAACAGUUAAGGGUUGAUGCUACUAGAGAUGAUAAAAUUGUACAACCAGUUGGUGAAGACAAAGAUUCUGGAAGCAAAAAUAUGGCAUUGGGAGUUUCCAUAGCUGAGGACUUAACAAAGAUUAAUGAGCAAUGCACCCAUGUUGCUCUGUUGUCUGGGAUAACAGAUACAGAAACCACAAAAGAACCAACAAGUACUGAGCCCCUUAUGGAUGAAUCUUGCUUGGAAGGAAAUGAAUCUGAAGAGACAAGACAUAAAAAAAAUCAAGUUUCUCCUAACAAUGUUGGUGACAGAAUAGGAGAAGUGGGGGAAGUAAAAAUCCCUCUAUUGGUUAGUGGAGUUGAGUAUUCACGGUCUGACCUUGUUGACUUACACACUGAUACUGAAGUCCAAAUAGUGGAUAUUCCAGUGACUGAGUCAAAGGGCUUUGCUGAAAUGGUGAAAGUUUCAAUGGAAGUGAAUGUAGAGAAUUCAUUGGAUGACUUAGAAGUUGCUAAUUUGGCUGAGCAAGAACCAUCUGAAGACUUUAAUUUUGACAUAGAUAGUGCUUCCAUUGAGGCCAACUCCACAAUCGAUUGUUAUAAAUCCAACGGUCAAUUGUACUUGACAGCUGGUGUAAAAGAGAUGCAGAAAAAGGAGUUGACAGAGAUUGGCUAUGCAGAAUCUGUAGGCAAAGAAGAUGAAAUUGCAGGAGAAAAUGAACUGGUUGUAAUAGCUGAGCCACUGAACAGAGCUAAUGAAAAAAGUCCAGAAACCCAAGUUUCCUUAGUAGAAGACAGAAUGAGUAAUGGGGAGAAGAAAUCACUACAGAUUGGGGACUGCACUCAAGUUGCUGUAUUGUCUUGUGUAGAAGUUACAGAUAUCCUCAAUGAACCAAUGAAUUCUGGAAGCUUCAUUGAUGAUACUAUUAUGACUAGCAACAAAUUUGAAGAGUCAGCUAAGCAAAGCAAGCAAAGGUUAUCUCCUAAAGUUGACAAUAGGAAAAAAAUGGAAGAAGUGAAUAGCCCUCAAUUGGAGAAUGCAAUUAAGGAGUCAUUCUUUGAACUUGUUACUUCUCACACUGAUCAUGUGGAGCAAGAAAAAGUUCUUGUAGAUGAAAUAAAAGACAUCUCUGAUAAAGUUAACAUUUCAUUGGAAGAGAAUGCUGAGAAGCCACUGGGUGGCUUAGUAGAUUAUAAUGUUGUUCACUGUGAAACAUAUGAAGGCGUAAAUGUUGAUAGAGAAGAAGAGAUGGAAGAAGUGAAUAGCCCUCAAUUGGAGAAUGCAAUUAAGGAGUCAUUCGCUGAACUUGUUACUUCUCACACUGAUCAUGUGGAGCAAGAAAAAGUUCUUGUAGAUGAAAUAAAAGACUUCUCUGAUGAAGUUAACAUUUCAUUGGAAGAGAAUGCUGAGAAGCCACUGGGUGGCUUAGUAGGUUAUAAUGUUGUUCACUGUGAAACAUAUGAUGGCGUAAAUGUUGAUAGAGAAGAAGAGAUGGAAGAAGUAAAUAGUCCUCAAUUGGAUAAUGCAGUUAAGGAGUCAUUCGCUGAACUUGUUACUUCUCACACUGAUCAUUUGGAGCAAGAAAAAGUUCUUGGAGAUGAAAUAAAAGACUUAUCUGAUAAAGUUAACAUUUCAUUGGAAGAGAAUGCUGAGAAGCCACUGGGUGGCUUAGUAGAUUAUAAUGUUGUUCACUGUGAAACAUAUGAAGGCGUAAAUGUUGAUAGAGAAGAAGAGAUGGAAGAAGUGAAUAGCCCUCAAUUGGAUAAUGCAGUUAAGGAGUCAUUCGCUGAACUUGUUACUUCUCACACUGAUCAUGUGGAGCAAGAAAAAGUUCUUGUAGAUGAAAUAAAAGACUUAUCUGAUAAAGUUAACAUUUCAUUGGAAGAGAAUGAUGAGAAGCCACUGGGUGGCUUAGUAGAUUAUAAUGUUGUUCACUGUGAAACAUAUGAUGGCGUAAAUGUUGAUAGAGAAGAAGAGAUGGAAGAAGUAAAUAGUCCUCAAUUGGAUAAUGCAGUUAAGGAGUCAUUUGCUGAACUUGUUACUUCUCACACUGAUCAUGUGGAGCAAGAAAAAGUUCUUGUAGAUGAAAUAAAAGACUUAUCUGAUAAAGUUAACAUUUCAUUGGAAGAGAAUGCUGAGAAGUCACUGGGUGACUUAGUUGGUCAUAAUCCUGUUCACAGUAUAACAUAUGAUGGCAUAAAUGUUGAUAGAGAUACUGUUCCUUUUGAGAUCAUCUCCCCAACUAAGGCCUAUGGAUGUAUUGAUCAAUCAGAUUUGGCAGCGGAUACAAAGGAGAAGCAGACUGAGGAAGUGGCAGAGCUUCAAUAUGCAUGUUCAUUGAGCAAAGGCAUAGGCUCUACCAUUCAAUUGGUUGAACAUGCUGUUAGAGGUGAACUUUCAGGUGAAAAGAAGCUGGCUGUAAAUGCAGCAGACAGUGUCAAUAUCUUUGCCACCAUGAAAGUGCCCAAUGAUGUUCUACAGGACACCCUAGAUGAUAGACCUGGAGAGAACCUUGAAGAUGGAUACCAAAGAUUUGAAAAAGCUGGUUUUGUUGAUUCAAGUGAAAAGCAUAAGUGUGAUGCUUCCAUACUAGAGCUUCAUGCAGGAAAUGCAGAGAACAUAGUUGCAGAACCUGCUAGUACUGCGGAUUGGAAGAAAGCAUUGCAACUUGGGGAACAGUCAAGCAAGCUUAGAAACAGUAUUGAGUUUGUCUUUGUUGAAGGAGAUGAAAUACUUAAAGAUGGAGACUUGGAGGAUCAGGGCAUUCAGGUGGAUGCCCCUGAUAAUGAUGGGAAACCUUCAGUAUCUGAUGCAACUGAAAGGAGAAGUGAGAAUAGCCUACAAGAAGCUAGAGGCAGCAAUGCUGAAGGUUCUGUUAAUAAUGUUGAACAUGAGCAUUUUCCUCCUUCAGAGUCUAAUCUGCAGAAGCAUGGAGAAUUUGCAAAUGAUGCCGGGACUGAAAUACAUAAUCAAAGAACCUAUUCCAAUGGCCUAGAAACAGGAAGAGGCCUAUGUGAAUGUGAAGAUGGAUAUGAUGUUAUGGAACCUGAAGAACAACUGAGAUUGCUGUUUUCCACACCCAUCAAAGAUGGAAGCGCUUGUGAAGAGAAUGCCAAUGCCUGCUACAUGGAUAGCAACAAAACAUCAGGUCAAUUCACAGAUGCUUCCAUUGCAGGUGAAGAACUCAGAAAGUUGUUUACAACCUCUGGUGAUGUUUCAUGCCCCAAUGGAAAUGAUAAGUGCAGUGAUCAAAGUACCAAUGGCUUAGAAAGUCAUAGAUGCCUCUCUAAUUGUGAAUGUGGAUCUGAUAGCACUGAACAAGAAUAUCAACUCAGAUUAUUGUUUUCUACACCCACCAGCAUUAAAAGCACUUCUCAAAAUGACAGUACACAUGGCUUAGAAAUGGACAGAGUCCUCUGUGAGUGUAUAGAAAAAUUUGACGGUCUGGAACAAGAUGAUCAUCUUAGACUGCUGUUCUCCACACCCAAAAGUGUUAGAGGUACAGAUGAAGAGAAUGUCAAGGACUUCUACAUGGAUAAAAUGAUUGAGGCAUCUGAUGCAGAAUUACAGAAAAAUGAUUUGCCUGGGAGUGUUGACUCUGAAAUAGAGGAAACAUUCAAAUUUGCUGAACCAUUGGGAGCUCAUGGUAAUUUCCCCUGCGGAACUGAGGGAAGUAAUAAUUGUUACGACAAUCUCAUUGCCACAUUCAAGGUAGAAGACAGUCUAAAAGCAUCUGAUGAAGUUUCGGAAGAGCCAUGGAUCAGCAGUGAAGCAGUAGUACUGCAAGAAGGUUUUGUUCAUGGUGACAUUAGUCAAGAUUCUCAAGAACUAAAUGUGAGUGCAAUCGAGAAGAGAAGUGGGGAAGAUGGCCCCUCAGAGAACAAUGCUGAGAUUAAUCCUUGUGCCGAAUGCCCUGAUUCUGGUGCUGAGUUUUCUCCUUCAAGCAGUCUGAAAUUGAACUUAUGUUUAGGAGGGAAUAUGGAAGAAAAAGCCCAACAAUCACAGGUGGAAAAUAUAUGUUCAAGUUCCAAAUGCAACUACAUUAAGAAGGAUGACAUAAAAGGAUGCCCAACAGCUAUGGUUGACAAUGACCAAAUAAUAGCAAACAGUUAUCUCUUAUUUGAUUCUCCAUCUAAACUUCAUGCCAUCACGGACAAAAGAAAUGACCUUGAUUCCAACUCCAACGAAUGCUCAUCUACAAAUGAGGAUAACCUUGGUGGCCAAUCCUUAGUGGUUGCAGAAAUGAGCCAGCCAAGCUCUUGUGGAUUGGUCGACCCCCAAGAAAGCAUUGCAAGUUCUGCCCUGCAUGUUAAUGAAAGCAACUCUUCAACUGAGGAAAAUAAGUGCUGGAGGGCUAAAGCAGCUGAAAUGGAAUUGUACACUUCACAACCAUGUCUGAAACCAACACACCAAUCUACUGCAGAAAUCGAUUCAGAUGGUGAUAAAGAUGCUUCACUAUCUCUUGAAAAGAAUGGCUCAAGAGAAGAACAAAAUGCAAAUAGCUCCCUGCUGAGAAAGAGUGAUACAAGAAGGAUUUUGAUACAUGCAACACCCUACAAAAAACCCAUGAGAGUGGACAUGAAAGAGAAUGCUCCAGCUCCCAAGGGGGGGCUCAUUGGCACUUUAACAGCAGCCAGACCAGAAAAUCGACGGCGACCCUUGAAGGAUUUGCAGUGGAAUGAUGGAAAAAAUUGAUACAUAUGGUAAUAUUUUGAAACAUAAAGUAUUCAGCAGUGUUUUUAUAUUUUGUUUAUUGUGCGUAUACAUGCCAAUUUAUCUUUGUAUGGUGUGCAAGCAUAUCUCAUGCUAAUUGUGUGGAAGUGUACUUAAUAUAUCUAAUGGUUUGUGAUCUGACAGAGAUACUUAAGUAGUGCUCUUUGAUCUUUGUGUAAUUGUGUUCAAGAUUCAAGAUUUUCUGCAGAAUGCAUAUAAUUGAGUGAAAGUGUACUCAAUA